AUGAGUGCUGCCUUCGCAGGGAGUGCUGCCUUCGCAAGGAGUGCUGCCUUCGCAAGGAGUGCUGCCUUCGCAAGGAGUGCUGCCUUCGCAAUGAGGGCUGCCCUUAGAGGGAGUGCUGCCUUCGCAAGGGGUGGUGCCUUCGCAAGGAGUGCUGCCUUUGCAAGGAGUGCUGCCUUCGCAAGGAGUGCUGCCUUCGCUAGGAGUGCUGCCCUUCUAAGGAGUGCUGGCUUCCCAAGGAGUGCUGCCAUCGCUAGGAGUGCUGCUUUCGCAAGGAGGGCAGACUUCGCAAGAAGUGCUGCCUUUGCAGGGAGUGCUGCCUUCGCAAGGAGUGGUGCCUUCGCAAGGAGUGCUGCCUUCGCAGGGAGUGCUGCAUCCGCAAGGAGUGCUGCCUUCGCAAGGAGUGCUGCCUUCGCAAGGAGUGCUGCCUUUGCAAGGAGCGCUGCCAUCGCAAGGAGUGCUGCCUUCGCUAGGAGUGCUGCCUUCGCAAGGAGGGCUGCCUUCGCAAAGAGGGCUGCCUUCGCAGGGAGUGCUGCCUUCGCAAGGGGUAAUGCCUUCGCAAGAAGUUCUGCUUUCGCAGGGAGUACUGCCUUUGCAAGGAGUGCUGCCUUCCAAGAAGUGCUGCCUUUGCAAGAAGUGCUCCCUUCGCAAAGAGUGCUGCCUUCGCAAGGAGUGCUGCCUUCACAAUGA